GGAACAAGCACAACCAGUUCAGAGGCUUGCUAGCGAGCGGGGGCCGAGAGGCUGGCUGAUCCCUUCUGCCGCCGCCGCUGCUGCUACUGCUGAGCCAGGGGGUGAGCGGUGGAGGGAAAGUCCCGCCGCGUCUGUGAGAGUGUGCGCUUCCCGAACCAGGCUGCUGGAGUCCGUACAGCAUGGAAUGCGCCCUUGACGCACAGAGUCUAAUCAGCCUGUCCCUGAGGAAGAUCCACAGCUCCCGCACCCAGCGCGGCGGCAUCAAGCUGCACAAGAACCUGCUGGUGUCCUACGUGCUGCGCAACGCCCGGCAGCUCUACCUGAGCGAGCGCUACGCCGAGCUGUACCGCCGCCAGCCCUUCCCGCAAGCCAUGGAGUGCGGCUCGGCGGCGGAGGAGAUCCCUGAGCUCAGCCCCCUGCAGAUUCCCGAGGAAGGCGAGGACGAGAUGCACCAGCUGCCCAGGAUACAGACCGGCGCCGAGCUGCUGGAGCCCGGCUGCGUCCCGGCGCUGAGCCCGGAGGAGCCCCUGGAGCUGCCGCCGUGCGCUCACACCCCGCACCCGGGCAAGGACAGCUUCUACCCCCGGGGCUGCUGCUCGGAGGAGCCGGGCGCCCUGCUGCUGCCCCACUGCAGCCAGACCACCGUGCUGGACCUGGACACUCACGUCGUGACCACGGUGGAGAACGGCUACCUGCACCAGGACUGCUGCGCCUCACAGUGCCCGUGCCUCGGCUCACCGUGCCCUGCGCUCCCGCCGGCUCCGGCUCCGCUGCCCGCCGCAGCCCCCAAGCGCAAGUACCCCCCGGCGGGGUACAGCUACACGGGGCAGGCGGAGGAGGACGAGGAGGACCUGGAGCCCCACUUCGUGCCCUGCAAGAGGGGCAGGUACGAGGACUUCUGCCCGCAGAUGGGACCCCCCGAGCACACGGACUCUUCCAACAUCUCCAACCUGAUCUCUAUCUUCGGCUCGGGCUUCUCGGGGCUGAUGAGCCGGCAGGCGGAGUCCGAGCAGACUUUAAACGGACACUUGUGCGGCAAGCAGGCGCUCGCCAGCCUGGGUGCAUGGACUAGGGCGAUCGUGGCUUUCUAGCGGCCCCUCUCCAGAGUGCUGACCGGGGAGGGUGGGGGGCUGCUGUGGCGGUCUUGGAGGGGACACCGACAUCAGGACUUGCAAAUAAUCCAAACAUGUUUUAUAGAACUGUACAGACUCUUAAUGGGGGGGAAAUAAUCUUGGACUUUAUUUUUGCAAAAAGAAAGAAAGCACCUAUUUAAUUGCAUUUUGUUUCAUUUCUUUGUAGUGGUCGAUGAUCUAGUAAUGUCACACAAGCCAGGCUGCAGAAUGGGGAGAAGGAAGAGUGGCUUUUUUGGGGGGGUAUUGUUGCAAAGCAGUCACCGUCCCCAUGUAACUUACAGGGUGGGCUGCAUUGGGACCUCCAAACUAAAGGUUACUCCUAUGGAGGGAGUAUGUGAGAUGGGGUCUGUACCUGGUGUGGUGGUUAACUUUCCCAGUGCUGGGUACACUUUAACCACUUAUGGGUUAACCCUUCAAGACGCAUAGGAGGAAUAAUAUAUCUCCAAAAGUUUAUUCUUCCAUUUGGAACCUUCCCUUUAAACUGAGUCAAGCAGACGUCCCCUACCUGGGCACAGCCUCAGACCAGUCACAGGGAAGGUUUUGGGGUAUAAUAAACUGCUUUUUUUUUUUUUUUUUUACAGUCUUGCCCUUGUCAGGUUGUGUGACUUACAAGAUGAAGGCAGAAAUAGUAACAUUUUAACUUUUUAUUUUUUUUCUCUUUCCUGUGUUGUGACUAACGUGAGCCUGUGUAAUGCAGCUGCAUAUGUGGAGGGGGUGUUUGGAGAUUGGGGCUGUAGUGUCACUGGCUUCAUUUAUAUGGUGGGUCAUGGAAACCUGCGAACGCUACAGAUCACCUUCAGCCCCUGAACCCAAAUACUAUUAUGUUUUUUUGUAAAGUUUUAAAUGAAAAAGUCCCAGAUUUGCGAGAACACUACCCUUGAACCCAAGCGCAGCAGUGUGCUCCCCUUAAUCCAAAAGUUCACUUGUUCCAAUUUCAGCCUUCAACUGACUUCAUGAAACCAGCGUAGUUUUGGUCUUGUGAUCUGUCCAUAGAUAGAUAGAUAGAGAUAUAUAUAUAUAUAUAUAUAUAAUCUCUCUAUCCCUAUCUAUCUUCCAUUUUUCUUUAUACUUUUGGCAUUUAAUCCUUUUGUUGUAAAAAGGUGGUUUAGGAUGAGCCUGCCAACAUUCACACUUACAAGCACUAUGUGUAUUAAAUAUUUUGCCAAACGUUUUAUUUUGUGUUACAAUUCCUGUAUUUUGUGUAUAUUGAACUGUAUAUCACCGGGUAAACUGUUCAAAUUAUUUGUUUAAAUUUAUAAUCUUAAAUAAAACAAACUUUAUGCAA